UCUUUAUGGACCCUGGAUACCUGAACUUCUCAGAGUCCUGGCUUCAACAAAGUAGCCUAUUUAUUGUGAGCAUGAUCCUGAUGAUGUCAGGACAUGUGAUCAGCCGACCUUCUCAGUUAAACGCUGGGUGAUUCAGCAGUAGCUGCACUGAGAAAACUGACCUCAUCAUGGAACGUAAACUGGAUUUGUCUCGCCUGACGGACGAAGAAGCGAAACAUGUCUGGGAGGUGAUUCAACGUGACUUUAGCCUGCGGAAAAACGAAGAAGAUCGACUAGGCAAAUUGAAGGACUCCAUCGAGAAGGAGGACACCAAGCGUGAGCUGCUGGGCGGGCAGACCAACUUGGCCGACUCGCUGUGUAUCCGCUGCCUGCAACCUUUUAAGUUCCUGGUGAACAGCAAACGUCAGUGCCUGGAUUGCCACAUGUUCGUCUGCAAGUCGUGCAGCCGCUACAACAAGAAGGAGCACGGUUGGGUGUGCGACAACUGUCGCAUGACCAGGGUUCUGAAGAUCGGCACCCUGGGGUGGUACCAUGACAAUAUCCGAAACCGUUUUAAACGCUUCGGCAGUGCCAAGGUGAUGAGGUCACUGUACAAGAGACUGAAUGGAGACGGUGGACGAGAUGACGACACUCAGAGCAUGCCUGAUGUCCGCAGCAACCACUACAACCCUAAUGACGAUGAUCAGGGAGAAAUGGAGGCUCAACGAUACAAAUCGAUGCGUAAAAAUAAACGCCUGUUGUCAGUUCAUCCUUUUGACUUUGAUUCCGAGGAUUAUUUCCCCCGUUCACGGCGCUCAUCAGUGCAGCAAAUUCAGGAGGAUCGCGCAUACAGGAAUGACAUAGAAUACGACUUGAAUCAACAGCGAAUGAAUCGCAGGAGAAGUUUGGAUCGUUUUGCAAUGAGAACAGACGAUUAUGGUGAGAAUCGGAUGGUUCGUACUCGAUCUUUGUCCAAGAUCAGCUCGAUGGCUCGUCAGCAGUACAUCGACACAUCUGAUGAGGAGGAGUGUCAGCGCUAUCCACCCAUGUACCAGCCACCCCACCACCGCCGCCGAAACAGCCGGGCCUCAUCUCAGGAGAACCUUGGACAAAACCCUCCAAUAAACGAGUUGAGCAAACGCAUGUCUGCCAUCGAGGGUCUGCUGAAUCGUUUGGAGGAAAAGAUGUCGCCUGCCGAUAAGGCGUCUGAGUCAUCAGGACAGAACGAGGAAGAGAAGCUGAUGAAGAAGUUGAGCGAGUUGGCAGGGAACCUAGGCAACAAGCGCAUGUCGUCAGAUGACGAGGUGGACAAGAAGGCCUUUUCUGGAGGAAAAAGCAUCGCUGGUGGCAAGGCGGCGGCCGCUUUGGAUUCGAUGAAGAACCUGAGCUCAUCCAGCGAUGACGUGCCAAGUGAAGCACAGAAGAGAUCGACCGCCGCCGCCCUUUGUGACCUCACCACUGAGGCCCUGAGAACCAUUAAUGCCACAGAAAACGCGAUGGUUGAGUUCGGCCUGUCAGAGCCGGUGGACAGAACCCACAUGUUAGGGACUGAUGCUAAACAAGCCGAUGAGGCGUUCAGGCAACUUGAGGAAAAUGUGUACAUUGCCACCGGGCAGUCGUACGAACUGGAAACAAAGCUGCGGCGACUGGAGCAGAGUGCAAAGAAUCGCUUUGGCGGCACAACAGAUUCCGAGCUUUCCGAUCUGGAGGACGUAGUGGCCUUGACAGCUGCCAGGGUGCAGAGUGCUGAAAGUGAGGUAUCCGAUCUCGAAAGUAAGCUAGCAGCUCUGCGGGCUGUAGGAUCGAAGAAGAAGGUUUCUGGAUCACAGAGGAAGAAGUUUAGCCAAGAUCACAUUGCCAAAUCUGAAAGAAAUGGAGCUGCAUGGAAAUCCAACAUCUCCUGAACCAAAAUGUUUCUCCAACUCUAUUAGGUCUCAAAGGAUUUAAAUCUUUGUUUAGGCCUCCUUAAAGUCUUUUCGAGACAAUAAUUAGAACAAAUAUGCAAUACUUAUUCAUUGUUUCCAACAGUGAGAAUAUUUAAAAAUUUGGGAUGUUCAUAAUAAAAUAGGUUCUAGAAUCAAAAACCAUUUGAAAAUAUAGAUCAUUUCCGACUAUAAUCUAUUUGCUGUUUUUUUUCCAAUAUUUUUUUUUUCAAUAUAUAUUUUUAGAGGGUGUUUUCCACCCCCCACACCACACCACACAAACACGCACGCACACACACACACACACACACACACACACACACACACACGCACACACGCAUGCACGCACGCACGCACAUGCACACACACAGACCUAAAAAAACAUUGCAGUUACGAAUUUAACAAUUUGCGAGCUGGCCUGGUCUCUGUCCCCAACGGAUAGGGUCCAUUGUGUUUUGUUCAAGGUUGCCUCCCUUAGAGGGAAUUUUUCCUUGCCUCUGUUAUGCACUGCUUGCCCCUUGUUUUUCUUAUACUAUAUAGCAUAUAAUGUACAAGGUGUGUGUGUGGCUCUUAACCUGCUCAAUGUGUAAAGUGCUUCCAGAUAACUUCACUUGUAAAUUGGCCUCAAAUGUUGAUAUUAGUAUUAUAAUAGCUUUCUAAUAAUUAUUGUGAAAAUACAUGAGCAUAAGAAAUGUCCUGAAGCUCUGUAAAGAAAAUGAGCCUGAGCUGACCCUAACGCAACCCCAAUGAGGACAAGCACUUUAAACACAAAUGGAUGGAUGAUGGAUAUGACACGAUGUCAGUUUUGCUCUCAAUCUUAAUGAGUCCUCCCAAUCAUUAUUAGUGAUUAUUGGAAAAGAUUUUGAGCAAUCCAUUCAAAUGACAUUAUGCAGUCUUCUCUCUCUCUUCUGUGCAUUUUGGACAUGUCAUAGACACAUUUAGAAUAAACAAUAGUUACUAA